CAGGAAGUGGGGGGAAACGUCCUCUCAUUUAUAGUGGACCAGUAGGGUUCAAAUGACUAAUGAGAGAAAGGUGCCGUUUGCAGCACAGACAGACAGGCUGUAGGAACAGAUGUCAGAAGAGAGAGAGAGAGAGACUGUGGAGAGGGCCAUGAUCUCAACCAUUACUGUGAGGUAAACACUGUGAUCACACUGACAGACACACAGCACUUUGGAAUCAGACGAGGAGGGAUUGUAGCCAGGAGGAGCCAUCAGUACGACUGUUAUGAUGAUUUCCAGCAUUGAUCAAAGUGACGGAACUCUCCCAGUCUUCGGCCUUGUCUCUCUCCAGGUGAUGAGCCUCUGGGGCUGGCUGUGGCUGCUCUACUGUCUCCAUGUUCCUGGGUCUGUCUGGGGUCUGGAUGGAGGUGGAGAGGGGGCGUGUCGGCUAACAGCUAAGCCCGUCUCAGGCAGUGUUUAUCGGGCAGGAGAUGUGGUCAUUGGGGGCUUGUUCCCCAUCCAUGUGGAAGCCCCUCUACCAGAGCAGGAGUUCAGGAGCAUUAAGGAAGAUUCUACCUGUACAAUUUUUAAACAGCGUGCUUACCGCUGGCUCCAGACUAUGAUCUUUGCUGUGGAGGAGAUUAACCGUGACCAAGCCCUCCUGCCUAACCUCACCCUGGGGUUCCUGGCUGCUGACACAUGCCGGACAGAGGGCAUCACCCUGGGGGCAGCCCUAGCCAUGGUGAGCGGCAAGGAGGCCUCCGUGGUGGGCACAGAGUGUGGCACUACCCCUGAGGUUCCCGUCAUCAUCGGGGAUGCCCACUCCUCAGCCUCCAUGGUCGUGGCACAGACCCUCGGGCCGUUUGAUUUACCCAUGGUGAGUUACUUUGCCACCUGUGCGUGUUUGAGUGACACCUGGAGGUACCCCUCAUUCUUCCGUACUGUACCCAGCGACGCCUUCCAGGCUCGGGGCAUGGCCAAGCUUCUGCGUCAGCUGGGCUGGGUGUGGGUAGGGCUAGUGUCAGAGGAUGAUGAUUAUGGCAAGUUUGGGGUUCAGCUGCUUCUCCAAGAGCUCCAGGGAUCUGGGGUGUGUGUCGCUUACUCCGAGGUCCUCCCCAAAUUACCGUCUAAGAGAAAGAUCAGGCACAUUGCAGACAUCAUCAGAGGAUCUACUGCCAGAGUGGUGGUGGCAUUUGUAGGAUUCACGGGUCAUUCAGGGGCCCUGAUGGAAGAGGUUGUCCGUCAGAACAUUACAGAUAAGCAGUGGAUUGCCUCAGAGUCCUGGGUCACCUACUCUACUAUCGCCUCCCCGAAAAACCUGCCCUCUCUUGCCGGGACAAUCGGUUUUGCCCUGAAGAAAGCUGAUAUUCCCGGCCUGGGGCCUUUCCUAACACGCCUCCAUCCAGACGGGGACUACCAAAAGUCCGACCCAUUCCUGAGAGAUUUGUGGGAAGAGAUGUUUGGGUGUUCUCUGGGAGUUGACCUCAGCGUGACACUGCCGUCCCGGCAACAGUGUACGGGGUCAGAGGUCAUACGUGAGGGGGAGAGCCAGUAUGCUGACGUGUCUCAGCUGAGAGCCAGCUACAAUGUGUACAAGGCUGUGUACGCCAUCGCCUACGCCAUACAGGAUAUGAUGGCCUGUCGACCAGGGGACGGAGUCUUUAAUGGUGGGCAGUGCCCUGAUAUCAGGAAGCUUCAGCCCAGCCAGAUUGUUCAUUAUCUGAAGGGAGUGAACUUCAGUACUCCUGUGGGGGAAUCUUUCCACUUCGACAUGAAUGGUGAUCCGCCUGCCUCUUAUGACAUCAUCAACUGGCAUGUGACCCCCGAGGGGACGGCAGAGUUUGUCCAGGUCGGACAUUUUCUGUCCUCUGAGGGAUCGGACGACCAGUUUCACAUCGACAUGGAUAAAGUGGUGUGGGGUGGGGGCAGCGGAGAUGAGGUCCUUGUGUCUGUAUGCAGUGCUGACUGUCCCCCUGGUACCAGGCAUGCGGUACAGAAGGGGAGGCCUGUGUGCUGCUUUGACUGUCUGUCCUGUGCUGAGGGAGAGAUCAGCAACACAACAGGGUCAGUUGAGUGUAUUAGGUGUCCAGAGCGGUUCUGGUCCAACCCUGAUCGUACGGCCUGCAUCCCCCAGCUGGUGGACUUCCUCUCCUACAGCGACACCAUGGGCGUCAUCCUGUCUGUCAUCUCAGUUUCCGGGGCAACACUCACAGCCGGUGCCCUGGCCACCUUCCUCUACCACCGUCACACGGCCCUGGUGAAAGCCAACAACUCUGAGCUCAGCUUCCUGCUCCUUCUGUCGCUCAAGCUCUGCUUCCUGUGUGCGCUGGUUUUCAUUGGCCAGCCAAACCCGUGGACGUGCAUGCUGAGACACACCCUGUUUGGUAUAAGCUUUGUGUUCUGCAUCUCCUGUCUGCUCAGCAGGACUGUGGUGGUGCUGGUGGCCUUCAGGGCCACUCUGCCUGGAGAGAACCUGAUGAGAUACUUCAGCCCCACCCAGCAGAGGAUGGGUAUCUCACUCUGCACACUCAUCCAGGUGCUGAUCUGUGUAUUGUGGCUGGCCUUAGCUCCACCCCGACCUGCUGAGAGGAGGGGAAGAGAGGGUCGGGGCCCGAGGGUCAUCCUGGAGUGUGAGGUGGGCUCUGUGAUCGGCUUCUCUCUGGUGCUGGGCUACAUUGGCCUGCUGGCCUCCCUCUGUCUCCUCUUAGCCUUCCUGGCCAGGAAACUCCCAGACAACUUCAACGAGGCCAAGUUCAUCACCUUCAGCAUGCUGAUCUUCUGUGCCGUGUGGAUCUCCUUCAUCCCUGCCUACGUCAGCUCUCCUGGGAAGUACACAGUAGCUGUAGAGAUCUUUGCCAUCCUGGCCUCCAGCUUUGGGCUGCUGUUCUGUCUGUUUGCUCCAAAGUGUUACAUCAUCCUUCUGAGACCAGAGAGAAACACCAAGAAACACAUGAUGUCCAAAUAGAAACCACCAAGAAACACAUGAUGUCCAAUUAGAAAACACCAAGAAACACAUGAUGUCCAAUUAGAAACCACCAAGAAACACAUGAUGUCCAAUUAGAAACCACCGAGUAAUGCAUGAUGUCCAAAUAUUAACUUAAACAUACUCACAUCAUGAUUUAGGGCUUGUUGACAUUCAUUUCAACAUGGGAAUGUCCAUUCUAUUUGUAAACAUGAAUUUCCUGCUAUACCUUCACUAUAUUACUUUGUUAAUAUUAGUAUGUGUUCUUAUAAAGUGUCGUAAUGAAACACGUCUAUAUGAACAAUAAAGUUUACGUAGUGUCUACA